UUCGUCGGCUUCGACGCCAUCGCGACGACCGGAGAGGAGGCGAAGAACCCGAAGAAAGCGAUUCCUUUGGCGAUCGUCAUCUCUCUGUCGCUCAUAUUCGCGGCCUAUUUCUCCAUUUCCGCCGUUCAGACACUUAUGCUUCCCUAUUAUCUGCAGAACGACAAGACGACGAAAGGCGCGCCUCUGCCCUUCAUAUUCGAGAGCGUGGGCUGGACGUGGGCCAAAUGGAUCGUCUCCAUCGGCGCGCUCAACGGACUUUCCACCUCUUUGUUGGGCGCCAUGUUUCCGUUGCCGCGCAUUCUCUACGCCAUGGCCUCCGACGGCAUUAUCUUCCGCUUCCUCGCAACGGUCCACAAACGCUCCCAAACGCCGCUCUACUCCACUCUCAUCUCCGGCCUCUUCGCCGCCGCGAUGGCCACUCUCUUCAACAUCACGGAAUUGGCGGACAUGAUGUCCAUCGGUCAGUGCCUGUCCUCCCUUUCCACUCUCACGCAUUCCCCCUUUCAGGCACUCUUCUCGCCUACACUCUCGUCGCCGAAUCCAUUCUUAUCAUUCGCUACUCGCAUGACGUCGACGCCAUUAACGAACGCAAACACGAAGAAGAGCCCGCCGGCCAGUCGGCGGCAGUCGAGCCGAAGUCCACCGUUUGGCGCCAACUGCGAAACGCGGACGCUCUCCAAUCCCCGAACGCCUUCUCCUCUUCGGUCUCCAACGCUCUCAUCGCAGCCAUCAGUCGGUCUCCAAAACUCCAAAACCAAAGACAAUAACUCUCUCUCGCCCUCAGCUCUCCUCCUCUGCGUUCUCGACGCGCAACUCGUGUUUCUCGAGACCCGACUCUUCGCCGCAGAAAUCUGGCCUCUCGCGACCGUCGCUCUCAACGCUGUCCUCAUCGGCGCCGUCGCGCUCGCGCUCUCCCGACAGCCAAUGAUCGCCGAAUCGCGCUCUUUUGAGGUGAGUCUCGCUCUCGACGCUUCCCCACUCACGCCUCCCUCCCCUCAGGUGCCGUGGGUGCCUCUCGUGCCCUUUCUCUCCGUUUUCGUCAACAUUUAUCUGAUGUUCAAACUCUCGCCGCAAACUUGGAUUCGAUUCGCCGUUUGGAUGGCUUUGGGUUUGAAUUUU